CUUGUCACUCUCAGACACAGCCACCACCGGCCGGGCCGGGCCCCAAAGAGCGAGAAGAGAAGCUAGCUCAGGCUCAGCUCAGAGAAACCCAAGCUAUCUAGCCGCCGACGUGCCGGAUUUGCUGGCCAUGGCCGGGGCCGGUGAAGCGGGCGUCGUCGGGGCCGGCGAGUGGCCCUUCUCGGCCGACGAGUACGCCGACUCCUCGGCGAUCUUCGCGGAGCUCGGGUGCUGGGCGGCGGGGCUCGACGGCGGGGAGCUGCUGCUGCCGGCGCUGGAUCCGCCGGAGGACAGUAAGUACACUCUCCUGCCGUCGCCGCUGUCGGAGCCGGCCGGGUCGGUGUCGGUGGACGGCGGCGCGUCGUCCAGCUCCACCGACGACGGCGCCGCGCAGGAGGAGGACGCCGCCGACGCGAAGCCGGCAGCCGCGACGGAGGCAGCGAGCAAGCCGCCGGCGCCGGGGAAGACGACGGGGGGCAAUAAUAAUAAUAAGAAAUCGGGGCAGAAGAAGCGUGCGCGGCAGGCGCGGUUCGCCUUCAUGACCAAGAGCGACGUCGACCACCUCGAGGAUGGAUACCGCUGGCGCAAGUACGGCCAGAAGGCCGUCAAGAACAGCCCAUUCCCAAGGAGCUACUACCGGUGCACCAACAGCAAGUGCACGGUGAAGAAGCGUGUGGAGCGCUCCUCCGACGACCCCUCCGUCGUCAUCACCACCUACGAGGGCCAGCACUGCCACCACACCGUCACCUUCCCGCGCGCCGCCCACCUCCACGCCCUCGCCGGCUACAUGGCAUUCUCCGCCGCGCACCACCACCACCACCACCUACUCUACAGCGCCAGCAACGACGACCACCUGCCGCCGCCGCUGCUGCAGCAGCACCCCACCGCCGCAGCUCAGCAGCAGAGCGCCGCCGCCCUUAUUACUACUAGUGGUGGUGACUCGCUCGCCUGCAUGCCGGCGAUGUCGCUGCUGCGGCCGCCGCUGCAUUGCAACAACCAGGAGCUUUUGGCGGCAACCUACCCUCUGUCCUCUGCGAUGAUGACGAUGCCAGCAGUGGCUUCUUCCCUCGCCGUAUCAACGCAGUCGUCUUCGCCGAUGACGGCAGUGUCUUCUUCAUCGCCGGCGGCGGUUGACAAGGGGCUUCUUGACGACAUGGUGCCGCCGGCAAUGAGGCACGGAUAGUUGGUUGAUUUAUCGGUUAGUAGUACAAUUAAGCAUCUGAUUUGUUAUAUAUACUAGUUACUAAACUUUGAUCCAUCAGUUUGUUAGUUGUUGCUUUCUGAUUGGGCGGCAGAGAUACGAAUUAAUUGUUGCAUAUACAUAUAGAGUACGGUGGUGUUAUUAUAUAUAUAUACUAUUAUGCAUAUGAUCAAUCAAUCACCAGCAGUCUUGGAUAAAGAUAUUAGUUGCACAAGGCCACCUGCUGUUAGUGCCAUAGGAAUUAAUUGAUACUGUCAGUUUGUCACCCUAGUUCAGAAAAUGGGUGCUUGUGUGCUUCUGUAUGCUAAUUCUAGUUUGCAAUGAUGUAAUCGUAGCUUUUGAGUCAUUGAUGUUAUCUUUUGGCCCAGUUUCUGGAAUGUAAUCUUCAGUCUUGUAUUCUCUUCAGAAAAAAAACAUAAAAAAUCUUCAGUCUUGUGCGAA